AUGCAAGUCAGAAAUAUUCAGAACAUAGCACCGAGUCUAACUGACAAGAGUAUAAAGAUAUACUAUGAACACGUUAUGAUGAAACCUACCAAAAUUCAAGAAAGUCAGUAUACUUAUGAAUAUCCAAGACACUGGGUAGAGUAUGUAGGAGGUGAGAAAGCUAUUGAAAUCAGACAGGUUCGAAGUAUUCCAGCAGGAAGAACAAUAUUAUUGAAGAACUUUAAUGUUUUGAGGUAUAAUGAUGAAACAAAGAAGCAAGAUAGUUUCCCUGUUGCUGUGUAUGUGAACUUAGAUACAGGAGAUGACAUGAAAGUUUUUAAUACAAAGCUUCAAACGGUAGUGAGAGAACAACUGGCUGCGGAAGGACAUCCAUUACCUUCAGAAGUUACCAUAGCAUAUAAUUUUGAAACAAACUCAAUAGAUUUUAAAGUCAUCUCUGCAAAGAAGUCAGGUUUUACAUUUAAUGAAGCAGAUGUAUAUUCUAAUGAAAACUUCAAAGCUAUUGCAUGGUUAGAUAGUUAG